AUACGUGCAGCUGCUGCUCCGGGAAGAGCAAAGACGUCCUGAGACAUGACUUUACUUGAACUUGUUGCCAACGGUGCUUGUGUUCAUUCCAAGUUUCCCAAUAUGGACGGGAUGAGGCAGCAGGGGACGUAAAUCACUGCUGUAGCUCAGAGGAGGACUAACUGGACUAAAGAUGUGGAGCAGAUUAGUUAGACCUGCUGUGAUUAGUUCAAGUGUAUGGAGGAGUCUGUUCACCAUGAGGCUGAAGACCAACGAGUUCCAGUGUCUCUUCACUGAUGGGCUGAAUGGAAUAGCGGAAUUGUUUGAGAAGCAUAAGCAUGAGCUCCGGAUCGCUGGCGGCGCUGUGCGGGAUCUGCUUGCUGGGAAGCGGCCUGAGGACGUAGACUUUGCCACCACAGCCACUCCAGAGGAGAUGAAGUGCAUGUUCCAAGCUGCAGGAAUCAGGAUGAUCAACAAUAAAGGAGAGAAGCACGGGACCAUUACUGCACGACUGCACAAUGAGAACUUUGAGGUGACCACACUACGAGUUGAUGUUCAGACAGAUGGACGACAUGCAGAGGUAGAGUUCACCACCGACUGGCAGAAAGACGCCGAGCGGAGAGACCUCACCAUUAACUCGAUGUUUUUAGGGCUUGAUGGAACGUUAUACGACUAUUUUAAAGGCUAUGAAGACCUGCAGAACCAUAAAGUCCGGUUCGUUGGUAGCGCUGAACAGAGGAUACAAGAGGACUACCUGAGAAUACUGAGAUAUUUCAGGUUUUAUGGCAGGGUGGCUAUAAGACCAGAGGAGCACGAGCCUGAGACUCUGGCCGCCAUCAGGGAAAAUGGCAGAGGUCUGGCAGCUAUAUCGGGAGAAAGAAUCUGGGUGGAACUAAGGAAGAUGGUGGUUGGUAACCAUGCUGCUCAUCUGCUGGAGCUCGUCUAUAAUCUGGACUUGGCUCAGUACAUAGGUUUGCCUCCAAAUGGCGACGUUGCCGAGAUGAAGCGCGUGUGGCAGAACGCCAAAACUCACUCUCCCAAACCCAUGACCAUCCUGGCGGCUCUGUUCCACAGCCCGGAUGACGUGGAAAAGAUGGACCUCCGACUGAAGGUGUCCAGAGAGGAGAAGACCCUGGCUCUGUUCCUGGUCAAACACAGGGGGCUCUGCAAGAGCGACGAAGAGCCAGACAGGCUCAAACCUUUCACUGACUUUAUUAUCGAUAGCAGAGAGCCGGACUCUCAGGGUAAAGUGUGCGAAUUACUGAAGUAUCAAGGUGAAGAGAAGCUGCUGUCGGACCUCCUAAGAUGGUCCGUUCCUCGCUUCCCCAUCAGCGGCCAUGAUCUGAGGAAGAUGGGCAUCACCUCAGGGAAGGAUAUCGGUGCCACUCUGCAGAAGCUCCGGGACGUCUGGAAGAAAAGUCGAUACCAAAUGGACAAAGAUGAACUGCUGAGUCAUGUGAAACCUUAAAUCAACCAAAUAAAGCAGCAGCUGGUGUUUGAUGUUAAUUUAAAUAGCUGUA